AUGGAACCAUCAUCAAGUGCUCUUUCAUCCACGGCAAAUUUGGUAAAGACAAUAGUUGGCGCUGGUACACUGGCUAUCCCGUACAGUUUUAAAAGUGAUGGGGUUUUGGUCGGGGUUGUUUUGACAUUGUUAGCUGCCAUAACAUCCGGAUUGGGUCUCUUUGUGCUUUCAAAGUGUUCUAAGACUUUGAUUAACCCAAGGAACUCUUCUUUCUUUACAUUAUGCAUGCUCACGUAUCCCAGUUUGGCUCCAAUCUUUGAUCUAGCAAUGAUUGUUCAAUGUUUUGGAGUUGGGUUAAGUUAUCUGGUCCUCAUUGGUGAUCUCUUUCCUGGAUUGUUUGGUGGAGAAAGAAAUUUCUGGAUAAUCGCAUCCACUGUGAUAAUUAUACCCUUAUGUUUGGUGAAGAAAUUAGACCAGUUGAAGUAUUCUAGUAUUCUGGGUCUUUUUGCAUUGGCCUACAUAUCUGUUCUAGUAUUCAGUCAUUUUGUAUUUGAACUGGGACAUGGUGAGCUCACAAAUGUAUUAAGAAAUGAUAUAUGCUGGUGGAAAAUCCACGAUCUUAAAGGGUUAUUAUCAACUUUUAGUAUCAUAAUUUUCGCUUAUACCGGAUCGAUGAACCUAUUUCCUAUGAUAAAUGAACUAAAGGACAACAGUAUGGAAAAUAUUACUUCGGUCAUCAACAACUCAAUAUCUUUGUCAACAGCAUUAUUUCUAAUUGUUGGUUUGUCAGGAUAUCUGACCUUUGGCAACAAAACCUUAGGCAAUUUAAUAUUAAACUAUGAUCCUACUUCAAUUUGGAUAGUAAUUGGCAAAUUUUGCCUAGGGUUAAUGCUAAUUUUGUCAUUCCCUCUUCUGUUCCAGCCGCUUCGUAUAGCUGUCAACAAUGUUAUAAUCUGGAUUGAGAUCACUUUUGGUGACGCUAAUCCCGAAGAGGAUCCACAAGUUUCCGAAUACACCCGCGCUUCCAAUCUAAGACCAAUCAGUAUGACUGUCGACGAUCCAGCCCAGCCUAAUGAUGCACUCGAUGCAACUUCAUACGAUGAACAAGAGCAUUUACUACCCAAUGCAAGCUGCGACGAUGGUUUAAUUGAAAGUCAAGAGGACAGCAGUAAUGAGAGAGGUAUUAUGGCAGCUGCCACAGAUAACGAACAUCAUGCACCCUUUAUUAAGUCUAGAUUUUACUGGAUCACAGCAUUACUGCUAAUAAGCAUGUAUACUUUGGCAUUGUCUGUCGAGUCAUUUGCAUUAGUUCUCUCCUUAGUGGGAGCUACAGGUUCAACAUCUAUUUCGUUCACUUUACCUGGCUUAUUAGGGUACAAAUUGAUCGGUUCAGAUUCUUUAGCUGUUGGCAGGAUGAUUCCACCAAGAGAUAGGUUUUAUAAAAGGUGUAGUUUAUUGCUGGUAUUUUACGGGUUAUCUGUGAUGUUCUUAUCUCUAUAUGUUACCUUAUUCAAUUAUUCAGAUGAAGCCUGA